CUUUUCAGUUUUCAGUUUUAUCUCUUCAUCUCUUCAGCAGAUAUGGAUAUUUUGAGGGCUAGUUUAGUUUUGUUCAUCGGUAUCUAUAUCGUGUCAGGCUGCGUUGAUGCGACCUACUUCAACGUCAUGAGAUAUGGAGCUGUGGGAAACGGCAAGAAAGAUGAUUCUGAAGCAUUUAUGAAAGCAUGGGAAGAUACAUGUGGAGCAAAAGAGAAAUCAGUCAUGGUAAUACCUUCAGGAAGAACUUUUCUGGUUAAGCCCAUGACCUUCAGUGGUCCAUGCAAGUCCGGAAACGUAUACAUCCAGAUUUUUGGGAAAGUAAUCGCGCCAGAAAUGUCAUCGUGGAACGAUGAUGAUGCCAAGAGUUGGUUGGUAUUCGAUUCAAUAGACGGACUUACUAUCCAAGGACCAGGCCAAUUCGACGGUCGAGGUUCAUCAUGGUGGAAAUGCAGAGUGGACCACAAAUGUUCUCGUGCACCCACGGCAUUUGUGGCCCAUAACUGUAAUCACCUUAAGAUUAUUGGUGUGUAUUUCGUAGACGCUCCAAUGUUUCAUAUAGUCAUAAACGGAUGCGACAGGGUUGCAAUUUCUAACAUCCAUAUAACCGCACCCGAAGACAGCAUGAACACUGAUGGUAUUCACAUCGGAAAUUCUAGAAAUGUGUAUAUUGAUCACUCCAUUAUCGCAACAGGUGAUGACUGCAUUUCUAUUGGGGAUAAUAGCUCCUAUGUCUUUAUUAGUAAAAUUACAUGCGGACCAGGACAUGGAAUAAGUAUUGGAAGUUUAGGAGAAGAUAAAUCGAGCGCUGCCGUUGAAGUGAUACGUGUUAGUAGUUGUAAUUUUAUAAAGACUAUGAAUGGGGCGAGAAUCAAGACAUGGCAGGGAGGAUCUGGUUAUGCAAGAGAUAUCAAGUUUGAAGACAUAUAUUUUGAUUCAGUUGAUAACCCCAUUAUCAUUGAUCAGUAUUAUUGCAAUGGUGAUCAUAACUGUGAAACUCAUAAAUCGGCCGUGAAAGUGAGUGACGUGACAUUCAAAGGGUUAAGAGGUACCUCAACGAAAGAAGUGGCUAUCAAUCUGGCUUGCAGUAAAACAGUUGGCUGCACAGACAUUACUCUCGAAAGAAUUCAAGUGAAGCAUGUCAAAAGGGAAAAAGAUACAAUUUCUAACUGCAUCAAUGCCCAUGGAAUUUCUCAAGGUCCUGUUUCUCCACCCGUUCCAUGUCUUUCCUAGUGGAGUCCUUGUAACACUUCAAUAUUGUGUGGUGUGGUUGAUAGAGUAAGUAUUCCAGCCCCCCUAUUGUGUGGUGUGGUUGAUAGAGUAAGCAUUCCAGCCCCCCUAAGUUUGUAAGAAAAAUGGUGGCGUGGUUGAUAGACCAAAGUAUUGCAACCCCCCAAUUUCAAUCCAGCAUAGUUUUUUUGUUUGCUAGACAUUUAUAUUUUAUGUUAAAUGA